UAGCCUGUGGAAAGUGGGUGCAGAGUAGACAGUUGGUACCAUCCGUAGCGGAGACAUGAAGGAGUAGCGCAACUCGCGCGCAUUCCGCUUUGAUUCUUGCUGUGCAUCAGGAAUUACCACAAAUUGUUCACGUGACACGGAUACCAUUGAUAUACAAUGAGUAGUCUUUUAAAGAUCCAGAAGGACCGGUCGAUCAGGUUGCGAGUGAUGCCGGAACAGAGUAAUGAUUACAGGGUGGUCGUGUUUGGAGCAGGAGGCGUCGGAAAAAGUUCGCUUGUACUGCGUUUUGUGCGCGGCACUUUUCGGGAGAGUUAUAUUCCAACGAUAGAGGACACCUACCGGCAGGUCAUCAGUUGCAACAAGCAAGUUUGUACGUUACAAAUCACGGACACAACAGGGAGUCAUCAGUUUCCAGCAAUGCAACGACUAUCUAUCUCGAAAGGGCAUGCGUUCAUAUUGGUGUUUUCCAUCACCAGCCGGCAGUCCUUGGAGGAGCUUAAACCUAUAUACAAUGAGGUUUUAGAAAUCAAAGGCGACGUUGACGGUAUUCCGAUUAUGUUAGUUGGCAAUAAAUGUGAUGAAAAUGCGCGGGAAGUUACAGAGCGCGAGGGGAAUGAGUUAGCUAAAAAGUGGUCAUGUGCUUUUCUUGAGACCUCUGCCAAGACGAAUCAUAAUGUUAAAGAACUCUUCCAGGAGCUUUUGCAGCUCGAAAAGCGGCGGACAAUGAGUUUACAGCUCGAAACAAAAAAGUCAAAAGCACAGAAGCGGAAGGAGAAGUUAAAGGGAAAGUGCGUGGUAAUGUGAUUUUCAUAUGACGUGUAAUUAAAGUGGUUUAUUCUUAAGGUAACGAGAUGGGAAAAGUCAUACGGUGUGUUUUGGAUACUGAUAUGCAAAGAUGUCUUCAGUGUCCAUGAUGGUGGAUGACAGCUGGCAACAGUCCAGAUGGAUCCUAAAUGGAAGUUAGAGGAUACUUGUUUGGUUGUUAGAAUCCUAGAGGAAAUCGAUCAUGUGUCGGAAGGAAAUACUGUUGGAUUCACAACUCACUUUGUUCGAAAGGUGAAGGAUGAAGGAUUACAAGGAAUAAAACAGGGAAUAAUGUGAUUUGAUGAUUGGACUGCGUCAUCUGUUGUUUGAUGGCAUCGUCGAUGGCAACGCCUGUUGUUGGAUGGUGUUGUUGGCGGCAACGCCGGUUGUUGGAUGGAGUUGUUGACGGCAACGUCUGUUGUUGGAAGGAGUUGUUGAUGGCGAUAUCUGCUGUUGGACGGAGUUCUUGAUGGCAACGUCUCCUGUUGGAAGGAGUUGUCGAUGACAAUGUCUGCUGCUGGAUUGUAGCCCUACUGUUUGAUAGAACUAACAUGUUAUGGAAAUAUACUGUUUGGCCAAUGGCAUGGUUGCCAUUCUGCAACUGUUACGCUAAGUUACUCAAUUUUGGGUAGGGUAGUUAAGAUGAUAUCUACGGUAUAUUGUUUCAUAUAUGAGAGUGAAUUUAAGUCACAUUUUUUAAUGUCACAGUAUUUAUUGAAGAAGGAAAUCCCGAAUAGGCGAAUUGUUGAGCAAGCAGCGAACUGUUGAGCGUCCUCAGUGGUCGUGGUAUUUGUAAUGCAUCUGCAGUGGGAAUUUGCACGGCAAACUGUUUCUGCAAUUCCUCAAGUGUUGCCAAAAAUUGCCUAUUUUGGAUUUUCCCAUAGGUCACUUUUUAAUGGCGUUAUUUAGGGAGAACCCGAUUCAAAGCAAAUGUGCUUUUGUUUUGCUGUUGAUGUUAAUUAGCUUCUUUACAUAUUAUAUACAGAACAGUUAUUAGUGUGCUGAAACGCAUCUUGGGCAGGGUAUACAUAGAGUUCACUUUGUCACUUCUAAUGUGUCACGUUAAGAACAAACAAGCCAUUUUCGAAGAGCUACAUACGAUUCACAAUGUUAAUUCGCAGGCUCUUGUCCUAUCAUGUCAUGUUUUAAGGCGAUAAAAGAACAUGCUCAUGACAAAUGACAUGUCACACGUGAACCAUGACAAGCGGCAACGUGAAUCCUAUGUAAAUCAGGCCUAUUGCUCUCACUGCAAGAUCUAUCAAGAGCUUGUACUGUAAGGUACUGACAUCAACUCUGGUGAAAUUCCUCGUGAUGGGUACUGCAGUACUGCUACUCAGUUUUGAAAUGUACAAGUUUGUAUAUUGCGCGUGGGCAGUCGAUGAUUGUAAUUGCUUGGAUUGGCCAUUUUACCAGAAAUUUUCCAUACUCUCAGAAUCGGUGAGAACGUUUGUAAAGGAAUACACUACGAGUUCAUUUCUAAGGUCGAAGCUUUUUCGAAUUUGCGAGACAUUGGGUUUUUAGAAUUUGUAAAUGAAACCAAAGACAGGUUGUUGCAUUUUCAAAAACAUGCAUGGAAAUAGUGCCGUCCACAUCCUUUUAAAUUCCUUAUCCCCAUUUCCAAAGAAUAUCUGCUAAGGCUUAUAAAGAACACAAUAGAGUAACUUAAGACUUUAAAAAAAACCUGUAUGGAGGUGUUAUUUAAUUUUCAUCAUCUAAUGACAUUGGAUAAUGAAAAUAAUAUAUACACUUGAUUUACUGCUAUCAUGUAAUUAUUGCGCUGCAUGCAUGGUGCAGAUACCAUGUUAGGCUGGUGUUACAUGGAGUUCACUUUGUCACGUGUAACUUAUCACUUUCGAAAACGAACAUGUCAUUUUCAGAGAGAGAGUACAUGUGCUUCAGGAUAUCUUUUCAUGUCAUGUCACGUGUUCCAGCCUAAGUCAAUUAACGAACAAGCUUGGAGAACUUGACAGGUGACAUGUGACCGUGAAAAAGCACAAUGUGAAUUAUAUGUAAACGCCAGAUUUGAGAUAAGAUGAUGUACAGAUUUGGGUGAAAUGUAUUGAUACCUCAGAAUUCUGGAGUAUUCUGCUUAUGCGUUACAGAUAACGUAUUUCAUUUUGUCAAUUCUGGUAUUGUUUAUAACCGUGUGAUUUUUGGUGCAUUAAAUGAUAGAUUUCCACAUGUAGAUAAUUAAAAUCUUGGAUCAUUCAUUAGUUUUUGUAUGUACACAAAAAUGAUCGACUUUUUACGCCCCCUUGUACACAACAUUGCGCCUUGUAAUUAUGUACAGAGAAUGGCCCUGAAUUUCUAACCCCUUAUCUCAUCUGUGUACAAACUUAGUGUGGCUUGGUACAUUGCUUGUCUGGCUUUCGGUAAAAGCAUUUCUAUCGUGGGAGUAUCAUAAAUAAGUAAUGCCUUGUGGCGGGGAGAACGGAAUUCAUUGUACUCAGUUUGCUUGUUGUGUAAUAUCCCAGCCUGAGUGUAGACAUAGUUGUCACUGGCCACAGAGAAGUUUACAUCAAUUGAUCACUGAAUCAUUAAAAUAGCCAAGUAUACUAGAACUUAAAUGUUUGUUUCGAAGGCCAAAAGAUAACUUAGUAAGCGAAUUCAAAUGAAAGUGAUCAAAAUUAACUGAAUUAUAACAUAAGGCAGAUUUCGUAACAAGUCAGCAGGCCUAAUUUUCUUGAAUUGUAUAUACCCAAUUCGCUCUAUCUGUACUCUUUGCUGGGACUCGUUGUCCUGGUUUUGUUGUGAAGGACACUCUGUGCAUCGCUAAAAAUAAUGAUGAUGGAGACAUUAUUCAGCCAAGAGUAUAUGCACGACUACCAAUACCAAAAGUAGUGCUGCCAUCUUUAUAGUGUCUAUGUGGUGAAUUGAAAUACACUAACCGAGCAAUUCUAUUAAGUCUGUUACGGGGUGUGUUACUGUCGUUAUUUACCAAUCUCUUUUUGUAAAAGCCCUGCUUGUUUUAAAUCAGUAAUGAUUUCUGCAUACAUGUAGCUGACAUGUCAAUGAUGGACUUAAUUGGUCUUUGAGGGAGAAUGCCUCUGAAGAGCAGCUCGUGCUAUCUUGUAAAGUAAUCAAUUCGAGGUAUUUGUACACUGUAGUAGAGGCUAUAAUUGUACCGAAGCUAUAAUUGUACCACUUUACAUGUAUAAUUACUGUUGCCUUCUGUUUUUUUGGGCUGUUUUUACAAGGACCAUUGCUGCACUUCGUGGUGGGGUGUCCCAAAUUUGUUAAUACGAUCCUCUUGAAUACUCUUAAUUCACGCAUGACUACAUGAUUGUCUUACUCCUGCAUUUAUACAGAUUAGCACCCAUUUUGAUAAGCAAUACUCCCAAUUAUGUAGUGUCUUUCGCACCAGCCUGUGCGUUGGUCAUAUGGAUGGGUCUCAGACACGGGAAGUUUACUGUAUAUUAUCAUCAUAUUGAAUAAAUAUUCUAAAACUGAA